AUGCCGAAGAAAGAUCGCGCAUACUCGGUGCGCAUUCCUCCGCAGGUCUGGGAGGGUCAGAAGGACAGAAUCCUGGCCUUGUACAAAGAACACAUCCUCUGCAAGGUCCUCGAAAAGAUUACCACCACUGAGUUCAGUCCCAGCGAGAGCCAGCUUCGGGAGAAACUGAAAGAAUGGGGAAGCAAAAAGAGACUCUCCGGAAAAGAACGAAAGAAGAUCAAUCGCGAGAUCGAGAGUAAGAUGGUGCCUAUCGAACAGUGCGAAGUCGUAGUUCAUGGCGAGGUGCAGCCGGCCGAAAAGACAUGUCGAGAAUAUGCAAGAACUUGCAAUCGUGGCUACAGAGGUAUGAUCUGA